AUGCGCGCGAUCGGCGCGUUGGGAAAAGGGACGAAGGUGGCCGCCCUCGCCGACGAGAUGCACGUGGCGUUUGCGUCGCAGCUGCUCGCGGCGGGCGCGGGGGGGGGCGGCAUGCAGGGGCGGCGGGGCGCGAGAAGAGGUGCGGGCGAUUCCAUGGUGGAGUGGGCCGCGUACGUCGCCAUGCACGUCGAGGACGGCGCGAGGCGGGAACGGCUGGUUCGGUGCACGCUGCACGGGCGGUGCGCGGACUGGUGCGACGACGAGGGCAAGACGUCGUUUCUGCGGGACGUCCUCGGUGUGCCGACGCCGUGGCUGGAGGAGGCGAGACGGGAGUGGUUCGACUACAACUGGUGGGAGGCGGACUGA